CCGGCGGGGAGCGGUGCGCAGGCGCGGCGGGCGAUGCGGUAGCGGCGGUUGAGGCGGCGGGACCCCCGGGCGGCGACCAUGACCCAGCAGGGCGCGGCGCUGCAGAACUACAACAACGAGCUGGUCAAGUGCAUCGAGGAGCUGUGCCAGAAGCGGGAGGAGCUGUCCCGGCAGAUCCAGCAGGAGGAGGACGAGAAGCAGCGGCUGCAGAACGAGGUGCGGCAGCUGACCGAGAAGCUGGCGCGCGUGAACGAGAACCUGGCGCGCAAGAUCGCCUCUCGCAACGAGUUUGACCGGACCAUCGCGGAGACGGAGGCCGCCUACCUCAAGAUCUUGGAGAGCUCGCAGACCCUGCUGAGCGUUCUGAAGAGAGAAGCCGGGAACCUGACCAAGGCCACGGCCUCCGACCAGAAGAGCAGCGGCGGCAAGGACAGCUGACGAGCCCCGAGAGGGGGCCAGCCCUCACCGCACUUGGGGCGCCUCGCCCCACCUGGUCUGUCUGUGUUCUCCGCAGCGGUCGUCAUCUCGUCGCGUUGUCUUGGGUAUGAAGAGCUCGCCGCCAACUCCCCGGCCCUGGCAGACAGGAGGCAGCCUGGGCAAGCCCCCUGAGGGUCCUGGCCCCACACUCCCCAAAUCAGUCACACCCGCGGACUGCCAGGCCAGCCCUGUUAUCAGCCUGAGCACUAUGGGUGUUCUCUCGCCCUAUUUUCAGACUAGCAGCAACCAGGCCAGGCUAGCAGGGGCAGGGCUGGGGUCCUCCACCUCAGCGCUGGUGCCUGUGGCCUGUGGGCAUCAAUAGAGAUCACUUUCAUACAGUUCCACCUGUGUGCCACUUGCCUUCUGUCAGGA